AUGGUCAAAUGGCUACUGACACUUCUAUUUUUAUCAAUUUAUCAGUUUAGAAAUGUGGCUGGUCAAACAGGUAACAUUUUGUUAUAAAUCAAUUUCAAAGAUUUUAUAUGACAUAAUGAUGUUUAAGAGAUUUUAAAGGUAAAAAAUAUUAUUGAAAAAAAUAUCAUAGUAAUAUUUAUUUCAUUUUAGUAAAAUGCUACAGUUGUGCUUCUGAAAAUAUGCGAGAGGUAAGUUUUUUACUGUUGUAAUACUCAACUGUGACUCUAGCCUUAGUGUAAUCGUGGCCUUGGAUCUAGCUUUAGCCUUAGCUCUAGCGCAAACCUUAGUCACAGACUUUAUCAGCUAAAGUCUUAACUUUUAGAAUUUCCUAAACAGAGCUCGAGGUCCAACUCCUCGAAUUGCUGAGCCAAAAAUCUACGAUAAUAUGUGCGACUUGGACUUGUGGCUUUUGAGAGAAAAAGGAACAGUCGAUUGUAAAGGGCCAUGUGUCAAAUGGCAACAAGUCUUGAACAAUUCUGGUAACACCCUACCGUACCCAACCCUACCCAACCCUACCCUACCCUACCCUACCCUACCCUACCCUACCCUACCCUACCCUACCCUACCCUACCCUACCCUACCCUACCCUACCCUACCCUAUCCUACCCUACCCUACCCUAUUGCCUUUUUUAACGUUAUUUAAUUUACCCUAGCGUACUGUAAGCAUACUGUAUUCAAAAUCGACUUUACAAUUAAAAACCUGUCAUUUUAGGAGUACUAUCAUACGCCACGAUCCGGGGCUGCUUCUAUGAUAUGUUUAAGCCAGAAAACUUUGAAAUGAGAGAAGGUCAGAUGUCACAUUGUAGGUAUUCCACCAAAAACCUGGAGUGCCUCGAUUACACUCAAGUAAAGGAAGAUUACUGCGAAUGUCUUGGGGAUUACUGUAACUCCUCCCCAAUGGUUACUGUAUCAUAUAUUUUUGGGAUCUUUAGCUUACUGUAUUGUUUACUAUAG